UAAACUCUUUACCAAAUACUUUUUAUUACUUGACUACUUUUUACUUGAGUUGAAGUAGUGCUGUUCAAUUUAUGGGAACUCUACUCACCUCUGUAACUCACUAAAAAAUACACAGACUUUACAAAAUACUGACCUUAGAACUGACCCCUGAGGUACGCCACGUGAACAGACGUGUUCCACUUUUAAUAAUUUAAAUUAAAUAAAAUACAUUUACAGCGUGUAAAGCGUGGUGUUUGAAUAAAACCGCAUUAUUGGGUGUAGGGGGCGUUGAAACAAAACACUUAUUUUGAAUUCGCUUGAACGUCGUACUUCCGUCUGACGGUGAAGCUGGAGGUCGUCUCGUCCGAGCGAAAGGACGUCGCGAUGAACGCAACCGAGGAGAAGCUGGCGGAGCUCGUACGCGACCACCCGAACCUGUACGACCAGUCGCGCGGGGACUACCGGAACAGCGUGAAGGGACACCUGGCGUGGAAAGAGAUAGGCGCCGCGAUGGGGAAAUCCGAGGAAGAAGUGAAGCUGCUGUGGAAAAACCUGCGCGAUAAGUUCUGUAAAGCGAGGAAGCGGCUGGUGCGGAGACAGUUCCCCCAGCAGGACGAAAGCGACCUCCCGUGGGAGGUGCAGGUCCCGGGGCUGUUCAGCCAGAUGGCCUGGCUGACCGCACACGUUAAACUGCGGCCGGAGGUCGGAGGAGGCGUGGGGGACCCACAGGAGGCAACUGGAAGAGCAGACGACAUGGAAAAAGAACAAGAGGAAGACAAGAAGAGGCUGAUUGAUCCCCUUCCAGUUGUCACCACCAGUUUUUCUCUUGCAGAGCCCACUCCAAGCUGCCACCAGAUCAUCGAACCUUCUCCUAAACGCAGAAGACAAGCUCCCGCAGAAACUGGGCCAGGUUCUGCUGAUGCAUUCAGCAAUUUCAGGGAUGAAGACGAACUGUUUUUGCUCAGCCUGCUGCCCUCACUGAAGAGGCUCACCAUUAAAAAAAGGAUGGAGGUCCGGAUGAAGUUCCAGCAGGUGCUUUAUGCUGCAGAGUUUGAGGACUAAAAUCUGGGUCUGGAUCACUACACUAGCUAUGGGCUUGUAAAUACAUGUUUAUAAGUUGUUAAUAAUUAUUUUUGUAUUGUUAAUUUUGGUAUUUUUUUACUUCACUAAUCUUCAGAGGCCUGGUUAAAAGGAAGGAAAAACGCUUCUCUUUUAUUUACUGAAGACGCACACAACAAUCUCAACAUUUAUUUAUGUAACUACGAGUGUUUUUCUAGUUUUUCAGGAAAUCAGUGAUGAAGGAGUUACAGCAGUCCUGACUCAUUUCCUCAUAGUCAAACAUUUAUUGGAUUAUUUUAUGGUCACAUAGAAAUUAAAGGGAAAAGCACAAAUGCUCCAGUGACGCACUACUUAACCUGCCGCAUUAUAAAGUUUGCCCUGUAUUUUUAUUUCCUCAUAUUAGAGCAACUUUCACUCAGACAUAUGCAGUGCCUUGCAAUCAUAUUCACAUCCAUUUAUCACAUUUAUUCACAACACAAACAUACAUGUAUUUAUUUGAUAGAGCAAUCAAAGUGUAAGGAAAAUUACUUCUUUUUUUCUUUUUUUUUUUUUACCAAUUUUUAUAUUGUAAAUAAAAGUCUGAAAAGCCUGAAA